AUGAGUGCCCAAGAGGGAACUCAAGACAUAAAAUUUCUGACCUUUAACACAUGGGGGCUCAAAUAUGUCUCUAAAUUCCGCGAAGAACGCUUGAAAGCCAUUGCAGAGAAAUUGGGUGGGAAAUCUCAAGCUUUGCCUCUGCACGGCCUUUCAGCAACGCACUCAGCCAUAGAUGACUACGAUGUAGUGGCAUUGCAAGAAAUUUGGUGCAAAUCGGAUUGGGACUAUAUCGAACGCAAAUGUCAGCACAAUUACCCGUAUCGUCGACUGUUUUAUUCUGGUAUCAUAGCAGGCCCUGGAUUGGCGAUUUUGUCCAAAAUUCCCAUUGAAUCCACAUUUUUGUACCGGUUUCCCAUAAAUGGGAGACCCAGUGCAUUCUUCCGGGGUGAUUGGUAUGUGGGCAAAUCAGUGGCAGUGACGCUGCUGAGACCAAGCAAUGCAAGUGCAUAUCCGCUCGCGAUUCUGAACAGCCAUAUGCACGCACCAUAUGCAGCGACUGGCGACGCUGCAUACUACUGCCACCGCUCUUGCCAGGCAUGGGACUUGAGCAAGCUUGCCAAUUUGUACAAGUUGGCAGGAUAUGCAGUGGUCAUUGUUGGCGACUUGAACUCUAAGCCAGGCACUUUGCCACAUAAAUUCUUGACCAGAGAAACGGGUUUCGUGGACUCGUGGGAGCAAUUACAUGGGAAACAAGAUUUAGCCCAUAUUGCAAAGCUAGAACCACUGCGGCAAAUAGAAUACGGUGGUACCACUUGCGAUUCGAUCAUGAACACGUGGCGCUCGAUGAGGAAGCCUGACGAAGCCUGUCGACUAGACUAUGCGCUGAUCGAUCCGAGCAGGCUUGUAACGUUGCAAGCGAGUGUGAGAUUCACCGAAAGAAUACCAGAGAUUGGCAGUUUUUCUGACCAUUUUGCAUACAACUGCACGCUGCGUUUGCAAGCACGGGACGUUCGGUCUCAAACGAAGGAGGAAACUGUGCGUUCCAUGAUUAUGGAGCGACUCGAAAUUUACGAAGACAUGCUGAACGUCUUAAACCGCUAUACCAAAGUCGCACACUGGCAGAAAAUGUGGCGAGGCACGCACUUCUGGCUCACAAUAGUGUGCAUAAUCAUAGUACACGUUGCGAUCACUUUCACGGCCAACCGCGCCACUUGGUCCUCGGUUUUCUGGGCUUUCUUCCUCACCGUUGCCGUCGCCACUGGUCUGGUGGACGGUUUGAUUUCGUUCUUGUUUGGAAGAAGCGAAAUACGCGCACUAGAAGAGGUCAAGAUGGAAGUCUUGGAUGCCAAGUCGCACGCCUACAGAUUGCUCGAGAACAAGCAUUGA